AUGACGUCGACAAUUGGCAUUCCCAUCAAGCUGCUCAACGAGGCGCAAGGCCAUGUCGUGACGCUCGAGAUCACUUCCGGCCAGACAUACCGUGGAAAGCUACUGGAAGCCGAGGACAACAUGAACAUCCAGCUCAAGGACAUUACAGUAACAGCACGCGACGGACGAGUCAGCCAUCUCGACCAGGUCUACAUCCGGGGCAGCCACGUGCGCUUCUUCAUUGUGCCCGACAUGUUGAAGAAUGCGCCCAUGUUCAGAAGUCGCAACGCCAGAGGUCGUGGUGUCGGUCUGGCCAGAGGAAGGGCUACGGUCAGCAGAGCGAGGGCAAGCGGACGCGGUGGAAGGUAA